UAUUCCUUAGACUAUAUAUGUUAUGAACCUUGAUCACGUGUAUUAUUACUUGUUCACAACUCAUAAUAUAUAUUUAUAUAUUUAUAUAUAAUGACACUCAGGUUACUUGUCAUCAUCAGUAUUACACUUUUCGCAAUAUAUCAAGCCAUUUCAAAAAAUGAAGCAAAAAGUUGUGAUUGAAGUGGACAUGAAGAACAAUAAGCACCGGUCCAAGGCCUUAGAGAUAGCUCUUCUGAAAAAUGGUGUUGUCUCAGUGGCUUUUAGAGGGGAAAGGAAAAAUCAACUUGAAAUAAUUGGAGAAGGAAUUGUUGAUGCAACUGGCAUAGCUGAAAAUUUGAGAAAGAAGGUUGGGUUUGCAAAAUUAGUGAGCGUGGAACAGCUCAAUUAAAUAUCAACUUCAAAAGAAAACAAAUUAAAAAAGAGAUAAAAGAAAGAUGGAGCUGGUCUUCAGCCUUGAACUGUACAAUGUUCUUAGUCCAAUUGUAAUUUUUAAUCGGUCACAAUUUCCAUACAUAUAUUUCGUUGUAUGUUCCAAACAUUAUGAAUAACUUUCAUUAAUUAAUAAUGAACCAUUAUUAAUAU